AUGGCCGACCAUACCGCCCAGGGACAGCCAGUCCCGCACAACCAUCUCGGCACCGCCGUCCCCAGCGGCCAGUUCGGUGAGAACAAGGACGAGACCGUCCAGCAGCACCACCAGCGCCAGGAUGCUCCGGCCUUCGACGAGAAGAAGCAGGCCAUGCCAGAGGAAGAGGAGGACGAGGACAUGGACCAGCUCAUCGCCGACCUCGAGUCUCAGGACGGCCACAUCGAUGAGGAAGACGAUGAAGACGAAGACCAGCCUGGUGGUGAGCGCCCGGUGCCGGAGGAGCUCCUCCAGACCGACACCCGCACCGGUCUGACCGACGCCGAGGUCACCACCCGCCGCAAGAAGUACGGCCUCAACCAGAUGAAGGAGGAGAAGGAGAACAUGAUCCUCAAGUUUCUCUCCUACUUUGUCGGCCCUAUCCAGUUCGUCAUGGAGGCUGCUGCUAUCCUUGCCGCUGGUCUGCGCUCGUGGGUUGACUUUGGUGUCAUCUGCGCUCUGCUCCUACUCAAUGCCUGUGUUGGUUUCAUCCAAGAGUUCCAGGCCGGUUCUAUCGUCGACGAAUUGAAAAAGACCCUCGCUCUCAAGGCCGUCGUUCUCCGUAACGGACGUCUCGUCGAGAUCGAAGCCCCCGAAGUCGUUCCUGGUGACAUCCUCCAGAUCGAGGAGGGUACCAUUAUCCCAGCUGAUGGCCGCGUCGUCACCGAAGAUGCGUUCCUCCAGGUCGACCAGUCUGCCAUCACCGGUGAAUCGCUCGCCGUCGACAAGCACAAGGGAGACCACUGCUACGCUUCCUCCUCCAUCAAGCGUGGUGAGGCCUUCAUGGUCGUUACCUCCACCGGUGACAACACCUUCGUCGGUCGUGCCGCCGCCCUCGUCAACGCUGCCUCCGCCGGAACCGGUCACUUCACCGAGGUCCUUAACGGUAUCGGUACAGUGUUGCUCAUCCUCGUCAUCUUCACCCUCCUCGUCGCCUGGGUUGCCUCUUUCUACCGCUCCAACGGCAUCGUCACCAUCCUUGAGUUCACCCUGGCCAUCACCGUCAUCGGUGUCCCCGUCGGUCUCCCCGCUGUCGUCACCACCACCAUGGCCGUCGGUGCUGCUUACCUCGCCAAGAAGAAGGCCAUCGUCCAGAAGCUGUCCGCCAUUGAGUCUCUUGCUGGUGUCGAGAUCCUCUGCUCUGACAAGACCGGUACCCUGACCAAGAACAAGCUCUCUCUCGCUGAGCCAUACUGUGUUUCCGGCGUCGACCCAGAGGACCUCAUGCUCACUGCCUGUCUCGCUGCCUCCCGCAAGAAGAAGGGUAUCGAUGCCAUCGACAAGGCUUUCCUCAAGUCCCUCCGCUACUACCCCCGUGCCAAGUCUGUCCUCACCCAGUACAAGGUCCUCCAGUUCCACCCCUUCGACCCCGUCUCCAAGAAGGUCAGCGCCGUCGUCGAGUCCCCCCAGGGUGAGCGCAUCAUCUGUGUCAAGGGAGCUCCUCUCUUCGUCCUCAAGACCGUCGAGGAAGACCACCCCAUCCCAGAAGACAUCGACGCCGCCUACAAGAACAAGGUCGCCGAAUUCGCUACCCGUGGUUUCCGUUCUCUCGGUGUUGCUCGCAAGCGUGGUGAGGGCUCUUGGGAAAUCCUCGGAAUCAUGCCUUGCUCCGAUCCUCCACGUCACGAUACCGCAAAGACUGUCAACGAAGCCAAGACUCUCGGUCUCUCCAUCAAGAUGUUGACUGGUGACGCUGUCGGUAUUGCCCGUGAAACCUCCCGUCAACUCGGCCUCGGAACCAACAUCUACAACGCUGAACGUCUCGGUCUCGGAGGUGGUGGUACCAUGCCCGGUUCUGACAUCUACGAUUUCGUUGAAGCCGCCGAUGGAUUCGCUGAAGUUUUCCCCCAGCACAAGUACAACGUCGUCGAGAUCCUGCAACAGCGAGGUUACCUCGUUGCCAUGACUGGUGACGGUGUCAACGACGCUCCAUCUCUCAAGAAGGCUGACACCGGUAUCGCCGUCGAAGGUGCUUCCGAUGCCGCCCGAUCUGCCGCUGAUAUCGUCUUCCUUGCCCCCGGUCUCUCUGCCAUCAUCGACGCCCUCAAGACCUCCCGUCAAAUUUUCCACCGUAUGUACGCUUACGUCGUCUACCGUAUCGCCUUGUCUCUCCAUCUCGAGAUCUUCUUGGGUCUCUGGAUUGCCAUCCUCAACACCUCUCUCAACCUCGAGCUCGUCGUCUUCAUUGCCAUUUUCGCUGAUAUCGCUACCUUGGCCAUUGCUUACGACAACGCUCCCUUCUCCAAGACCCCCGUCAAGUGGAACCUGCCCAAGCUAUGGGGUAUGUCCGUCCUUCUCGGUGUUGUCCUCGCCAUCGGUACCUGGAUCACCCUCACCACUGUCCUUGUUGGCGGUAAGGACGGCGGUAUCGUCCAGAACUUCGGAGAGAUCGACCCUGUCCUCUUCUUGGAAAUCUCCCUUACUGAGAACUGGCUGAUCUUCAUCACCCGUGCCAACGGUCCUUUCUGGUCUUCCAUCCCAUCUUGGCAAUUGGCUGGUGCCAUUCUUAUCGUCGAUAUCAUCGCUACCCUCUUCACCAUCUUCGGAUGGUUCGUCCACGGCCAGACCUCCAUCGUCGCCGUUGUCCGUAUUUGGAUCUUCUCCUUCGGUGUCUUCUGCGUUCUCGGUGGUCUCUACUACCUUCUACAAGGAUCCACUGGAUUUGACAACAUGAUGCACGGAAAGAGCCCCAAGAAGACCCAGAAACAGAGAUCUCUCGAAGAUUUCGUCGUCUCCCUCCAACGUGUCUCCACCCAGCACGAGAAGAGCGCAUAA